GAAUAUUCUAUGCAAGCCGUAGAGGAUCUUAACUUUUUCUUCUCCUCUUGCAAACCUUUCUCUAUCGCUUCUCCCUUAUUGGAUGCACCAAAUCCCAUUAAUUCUCUCUCCCGUUUCUACUAUUUUAUCUUGAGGCCCUCGCAUGAUCGUCCCUGUUUUCAACUUAUUAUAAUUUUUUUCUUGAGGUUCUAUUUAAUUAUCUAUAUUUUUUAUUUGUAUUUUGAUUUCCAUUUCGAUCGAUAAAAUACGAGUUGUUUAUCGUUGGGUUAAAAGGUACCAAAAUCGACUCAAAUUGGGGUUUCUUGAAUCAUUUUAGGGUUAGCCGGUGAGGGUUCUACUCGAUCUGUAUCUGAUUUUAUAAUUUUUUUAAGGUUAGGGCAGAGGACGGAAGAGAUAGUGAGGAGAGGGGAAAAGUAUGGGUGCAGAGGGCGAUUCGAGCGAGUCACGGCUCAGUGGAGGAGGAGGGGAAGGAGAUGCUGGGGUAAUGGUGAAUAUCCGUUGCUCGAACGGCACGAAGUUUUCGGUGAGGACGACCCUCGAAUCAAGCGUUGGAUCGUUCAAAGUUCUCGUGGCGCAGAACUGCGAUGUGCCAGCUGAUCAGCAGCGGUUGAUUUAUAAGGGUCGCAUCCUGAAGGAUGAUCAAACCCUUCAAAGCUAUGGCCUGCAGGCUGAUCAUACUGUUCAUAUGGUUCGUGGUUUUGCCCCAACUUCAUCACCAGCACCUGCUGCUGCUGGAUCUGCUUCUGCUACUUCAAAUGCAGGAAGUCCAAAUGCUACACCAGGUGUUACACGGGGUGUAGGCUCCAAUGAAGGUGGAGGCCUUGGUGGGGCUGGCCUUGGGGCUUCUUUAUUUCCUGGACUUGGAUUUAAUGGACUAGGUGGGAGUGCACCAUCUGGUUUAUUUGGAUCUAGUCUUCCUGAAUUUGAGCAAGUACAACAACAACUUACUCAAAAUCCAAACAUGAUGCGAGAAAUAAUGAAUAUGCCUGCCAUUCAGAACCUGAUGAACAACCCAGAGUUAAUGCGUACCUUGAUUAUGAGUAAUCCUCAAAUGCGUGAGCUGAUUGACCGGAAUCCUGAACUUGCACACAUACUUAAUGAUCCUGGCAUUCUCCGGCAGACGUUAGAUGCGGCAAGGAACCCUGAGCUUAUGCGUGAGAUGAUGCGGAAUACGGACAGGGCAAUGAGCAAUAUUGAAUCUACUCCAGAGGGAUUCAACAUGCUGAGACGAAUGUAUGAAAAUGUUCAAGAACCAUUUCUAAAUGCUACAACUAUGGCAGGAAACACAGGAAACAAUUUGUCUUCAAAUCCUUUUGCUGCUCUUCUGGGGAACCAAGGUGGGCCCCAAGUCAGGGAUGCAUCUAGUAACCCUUCUACAAAUGAUUCUGAAACUACUGGUACCCCUGCCCCAAAUACAAGUCCACUUCCUAAUCCGUGGAGCAAUACUGGUGGAGGGGCACAGACAAAUUCUACACCUAGGUCAAAUCCUGCUGCGGAUACAAGAGCACCAGGUAUUGGUAAUCUUGGCGGGCUUGGUGGGCUUGGUCUUCCAGGGAUGGAGAACAUGGUUAAUGGCAUGCCUGAUGCAUCUCAAUUGAAUCAGUUGUUGCAAAAUCCAAUUAUGUCACAGAUGAUGCAAAAUCUGCUCUCUGAUCCCCAGUAUAUGAAUCAGAUUCUCAAUCUCAAUCCCCAAAUGCGGGGGAUGCUUGAUUUGAAUCCUCAACUGAGAGAAAUGAUGCAAAACCCCGAAUUUCUUCGCCAGCUAACUUCCCCUGAAACAAUGCAACAAAUGCUAAUGGUACAGCAGUCACUUUUAUCUCAACUUAAUAGGCAUCAAACGAACCAGGAUUCUGGACAGACUGGGGCUACUGCAGGGACGGGAAAUACUGCUGGGCUGGAUUUGUUGAUGAACAUGUUUGGUGGUCUAGGUGCUGGUAGCUUUAGUGUUCCGCAGCAACCUGAUGUGCCACCUGAAGAACUUUAUGCUACACAACUGUCACAGCUCCGAGAAAUGGGUUUUUUUGAUACUGAAGAGAAUAUCAGGGCACUGCGCGCUACCUCCGGAAAUGUCCAUGCUGCAGUAGAGCGACUUUUGGGCAAUCCUGGCCAGUGAUAUUUCCUCCUCAUCUCAUGGCAUACUAUUAAAGAGAAACCUUGACUGUGGACAUAUAAAAGAAAUUAUUUUGUUCCGGGAGUGUCCUCCGUAGACAGGUACCUAAUCAUGAGGGAACAUGCUGUAUUCAUUUUGGACCCUCUUCAAUAAGCAAGUACGCAACGGACAGAGCUGUGGAUUGUGAACUUGUGAGAUAUAAGCCUUUGCACACAGAUUUUUUUUUUACGACCUUGUUAUUCAGUAAUUUCUCGUAUGUAUAUACAUCUUUCCUAAGUAUUGUUUCUUAGACCCCCCCCUUUUUUUUUUUUUAUUGAGUUUCGAGGAUUCAUGAUACUGUUUUAACGAAGUUCCCUUUCAAUGUGUCUAA